AUUGAGAUGUAUCUUCUGCUAUUGUUAUGUGAUUGAUUUUUCAAAUAAAACAUAGUAAAAAUGGUUAAUGUAAUGAGAUUCUAUGGCCACACCAAUAUAAAAUACAUCCUUAUAAUUAAUGUAACCCAAGUGGGAAAUUAUUGGAUUUAUGAGCUUAAUUAAUUAUUCGGGUUGAUUAAAUGGAUGAGAGUCAAGUUGCAUGAAUCAGUUCACCCUCAGGUCUAAGGAUAGGCUGGCCCAACCCAUUGUGCUUUAGGGUCUUGGGUACAGAAUAAAUUAUAAAUACUUGGUUUUAGAUCUCUACAGUCAUUAUUCACUCUUCUCCACUUUAACAUUAAAAUGAGACAACUUAAGGAGAUCUGAGGGGUUGUAGAAGAUCCAUAGCCAAGAGAAGGAAACUGUAAAGAACUGCAUCGAUCAUCUUCAACAUACUAGGUAUAAGGUACUAAUCGAUUAUUUAUGUUUUGAUUCAACUUUGUGUUCUAGUUAUCUAUAUGGGAACCUAUUAGAGUCUGUUGUGAAACCCUAAAUGUACAGUCUAACACAAGUCACCACCACCAGUUACCUUUCACCACCUCUAGCCAUAUAAAACCCUCAUGUUAAGGAUAACUUUUAGAUUAAAAUAAUAGUUAAUUUACAUCUAAAUAUGUUCUGUUUUUGUGCAGGUACUAGUGCCGGCUUUGUGUUUCUCUUUUUUUUCAUUUGGUUUUUAUAUUGGGCAAUUACAAGAAGACAAAAACUUAGAGAGAAAUUCUUCCAAGAAAAUGGAGGCAUGCUAUUACAACAACAAAUCGCUUCACAUAAAGGGGUCAAAGAUAUUGCCAAGAUUUUCUCCAUAAGAAUGUUAAAGAAGGCAACCAAUAACUUCCAUGAGAGUCGAAUAAUCGGUCAAGGUGGGUUUGGUACAGUUUAUAAGGGAAUUUUAUCAAGUGGAAAAGUAGUUGCCAUUAAGAGAUCCAAAAUUAUGGACAAAGGUCAGAUUAUACAGUUUAUAAAUGAGGUUGAUAUCCUUUCUCAAAUCAAUCAUAGACAUGUGGUGAAGCUCUUGGGUUGUUGCCUAGAGACAGAGGUUCCAUUGUUAGUUUAUGAGUUUGUGUCUAAUGGGACCCUCUUCCAACAUAUUCAUAGAGAGAAUCAAGCACCUUCUCUUUCAUGGGAAGAUCGUUUAAGAAUUGCUGCAGAAAUGGCUGAUGCUCUAGCCUAUUUGCACUCUUCUCAUUCAAUACCUAUCUUUCAUAGAGAUGUCAAGUCUUCUAAUAUAUUACUCGAUGAUAAAUACAGGGCUAAAGUAUCUGAUUUUGGAGCUUCCAGAUUAGUUCCUUUUGAUCAAACUCAAAAGACUACAAUAAUUCAAGGGACUUAUGGGUACUUAGACCCAGAAUGUUAUCCUACAGGUCAACUAACAGAUAAAAGUGAUGUUUAUAGUUUUGGAGUUGUUCUAGCAGAGCUUUUGACUGGAAAAAAUCCGCUUUUCUUAGAUGGAUCUGGGCAACGUAUAGCCCUCGCACAUUAUUUUGUAUCUUCAAUGGAAGAUGGGAAUCUUUUUAGUAUUCUUGAUGACCCAAUAGCAAAUGAGGAGAAGAGAGGACAUUUAUUGGUAUUUGCUAAGCUUGCAAGAAGCUGCCUAGAGGAUAAGAGGGAAGAUAGGCCGACAAUGAAAGAAGUUGCAAAGGAGCUUGAUUCCUUGAAAUUGUCCUAUGAGCAACCUUUAGUACCACAAAAUCAAGAGGAUAUUGAUGAAUCUUUUCUCGGUGAACCAUCGACAUAUUCUACCGAUGAGGCUCUUGAAAUAGAGGUUGGUUAUAUUUUGCAGAAAUGACAAGGUGAGAGGAAAGACAAUGUUCUAACGAUUUAAGCACUUUAAGGCUUAUUCUAUACUUGGGAUGUUGGAGUAGUUGUGGAGCCUUUUUCUUCUCUAGAGUUACAGACUGGAGGUUAGGAGUUUAGUGAUGUUGUUUCUUUUGAAUCUAUCGUUAUUUUAUUGUGUGAUUGAUCAAAGUUAGAAUUAAUCAUAAUUUGGAAGUUGUGGUUUUUAUUCUUA